UAUAUAUAUGUAUUCCUCCACUUGAACCCACUAGAGAAGAAAAACAUUCUAAACACCCAAACAAAAUUUUAAUAGCCAAGGAGAGGAAGAUGGAGUGGAGAAAAUGUUAUUUAGACUUGAUAUUGGUUCCUUUAGGGUUUUUUAGUAUGAUAGCAUAUCAUGUUUGGCUUUGGCAUAGAAUUCGAAUUCAACCUUUGACGACUAUUAUAGGUACUAAUUCUAAUGCUAGAAGAUAUUGGGUAACCGCUAUCAUAAAGGACAAUGAAAAGAAGAACAUCCUAGCCGUCCAAACCAUAAGGAACACAAUCAUGGGAUCAACCCUAAUGGCCACAACUUCCAUCCUUCUAUGCUCAGGUUUAGCAGCCAUUUUAAGUAGUACUUACAGCAUAAAAAAACCCCUAAACGACACCGUCUAUGGAGCCCAUGGAGAGUUCAUGAUGUCCAUAAAAUAUGUGACAUUACUCCUAAUAUUCUUAUUCUCCUUUGUGUGUCACUCUUUAUCAAUUAGAUUUAUAAACCAAGUUAAUUUUCUCAUAAAUACACCCCAACAAGAUUUAAUUUUUGCUAAUAUUUCACCUUCUUAUGUUUGUGAAUUAUUAGAAAAAGGUUUUAUUUUAAAUACGGUUGGAAAUAGGCUUUUUUAUGCUGCUCUCCCUCUUUUGCUUUGGAUUUUUGGACCUGUUCUUGUUUUUCUUUCUUCUCUUGCCUUUCUACCUUUGCUUUAUAAUCUCGAUCUUGUCUUUCCCUCUCACUUCGAUAAAGGAGAUCGCCCCGAUUUCUUGUCUGUUGCUUGAAUCAUUUUAUUUUGUUUCUCGAGAAUCUCUACAAACACAUCAAUCAGCAUUGUAGUUCGCCAGAAUUCAGACUCUAUCACGAGAAGAUAAUAAUCUAGCUUUCUACGUUUGAUAUUAUCUCCGGAAAUGAUUAUUGUAUUUUGUAAUCUGUAAUAUAUAAGCACAUUUCAAAUUGUUGGAG